AGCAAAAACAUCGCAGAUAUAUUACGUUUUAUCAUCAUGAGGUUAUUCUUAUUUGUUCUUGGCUUUGUCGCUUUAGCAACAGCUGUACCCAUUUUAAAAGAGGAUAAGAAAUAUCCUCGGUACAUUGAAUUCCCCGAUGGAGACGGUGUGAUGCACACGGUGGAUCUGGAAGCAGAACCCGACAUGGAACUUCUGGAAGAGGUUAACAGAAAUCCUGCCAACAACAGAUAUCUCCUUUAUACCAGACGCAACUCCAGAAUUUCUCAGACGUUGACCAUUAAUAACGCAAACUCUGUUACGUCAUCAAACUUCAACGCACGUCUCCCCACCAUUGUCAUCGUCCACGGAUGGCUGAGCAAUCAAUAUACUAGUACUAAUACUAUUAUUAGAGACGCAUGCUUAGGGAAGAGCGAUGUGAAUGUCAUUAUCAUGGAAUGGAGACGAUUGGCUCUCUCUGACUAUGCUACCGCGGUAAGAGGAGUACCUGCGGUAGGCCGCGGGCUUGGGCAGUUCCUGACUUUCCUCAAUCGGGUGACAGGCGCCCCAUUCAACACAAUGCACUUGGUUGGAUUCAGUUUGGGUGCCCACGUCGUUGGAAACGCUGGAAGGGAAAUCGGAGGAAGAGCAGCUCGUGUUACUGGACUGGACCCUGCUGGACCACUAUGGAAUUACAAUUCAAACCGUCUCAGACCAAGUGACGGUGUUUAUGUCGAGGCCAUACAUACUGACGGAGGAACUGGAGGAUUGGGUAUUGGUUCAGCUAUUGCUAAUGCUGACUUCUUCCCUAAUGGUGGCAACUCACAGCCGGGCUGUAUAAGUAGUUUAUGCAAUCAUAAUCGUGCGUGUGAACUGUUCGCUGCGACUGUCACCUACAAUCACCUUGUCGGUCGGCAAUGCUCCAGUACUUUACAAGUUUCUUUGAACACUUGCACUGGAUCUAGAUUGAAUAUGGGCAAUGAUAUUUUAAAUAAAUCUGGAACUGGAUUGUAUCGCGUGAACACAGGCAGAAGUCAUCCUUUCUAAUAAUUACGACGAAUAAAUUUAUGUUGAAUAGUAAUAAAAAAUAAAUGCAAAAUUCACAA